ACUCCGCCGGCGCCAGCCACGUUGGACGCGGGAUUGCCCUGUGGAGAGGCCACUCCCGGCCCCACAAUGCACUGCGUGGCGCGUCACUCGGAGCUGCGGGUCCUGGCUCGACAGGUCUUCUGGUGGUUGAAAUGUCUGUGAUUUUGUCUGCGUCAGUCAUCCGUGUCAGAGAUGGACUGCCACUUUCUGCUUCUACUGAUUACGAACAAAGCACAGGAAUGCAGGAGUGCAGAAAGUAUUUUAAAGCGCUCUCAAGGAAACUUGCUCAACUUCCUGAUAGAUGUACACUGAAAACCGGACAUUAUAACAUUAAUUUUAUUAGCUCUCUGGGAGUGAGCUACAUGAUGUUGUGCACUGAAAAUUACCCAAAUGUUCUCGCCUUCUCUUUCCUGGAUGAGCUUCAGAAGGAGUUCAUUACUACUUAUAACAUGAUGAAGACAAAUACUGCUGUCAGACCAUACUGUUUCAUUGAAUUUGAUAACUUCAUUCAGAGGACCAAGCAGCGAUAUAAUAAUCCCAGGUCUCUUUCAACAAAGAUAAAUCUGUCUGACAUGCAGAUGGAGAUCAAGCUGAGGCCCCCUUAUCAAAUUCCUAUGUGUGAACUGGGGUCAGCCAAUGGAGUCACAUCUGCAUUUUCUGUUGACUAUAAAGGUGCUGGUAAGAUUUCUUCUGCUCACCAGCGACUGGAACCAGCAACUCUGUCAGGGAUUGUGGCAUUUAUCCUUAGUCUUUUAUGUGGAGCUCUGAAUUUAAUUCGCGGCUUUCAUGCCAUAGAAAGUCUCCUACAGAGUGAUGGUGAGGAUUUUAAUUACAUCAUUGCAUUUUUUCUUGGAACAGCAGCUUGCCUUUACCAGUGUUAUUUACUUGUCUACUACACUGGCUGGCGGAAUGUCAAGUCUUUUUUGACUUUUGGUUUAAUCUGUCUGUGCAACAUGUAUCUCUAUGAACUCCGCAACCUCUGGCAGCUUUUCUUCCAUGUGACUGUGGGAGCAUUUGUUACACUGCAGAUCUGGCUGAGACAAGCCCAGGGCAAGGCUCCUGAUUAUGAUGUCUGACACCAUCCAUCAGAAGUAUUGCUUUGGUUUCAGGAAGAAAAGGAGGGAACAUACCUUAACUGCCACUGUGAUGAAGAAACUAGUCACCACAAAUGGGAAGCUUUGCUUUCUUUCUCUCCUACUUUCCUUUUUUAAAAAUCAGCAUGGCAUGCCUGUGAGCAUGCAAGACCUGCCAGGAAAACUCUCAGAAGAGUAUUGGGAGUGACAUUAUCAUGAAGAGGAGACUUGUCUCCUCAGGGCCAUAACAGUGGAAGAAUAGUCAGAUGCCACUGGAAGACCUGGCCUGUAGUCCUGAUCCUUGUCGAAGAGUUCAGUCAAAACAUAGGCGCGGGACUUGCUCUGAGGACCAAGCAGAAACUCCACAACCUAAGUUUGCCUUUGUGAGGCACAAGUAUAGACCAAAUAAAAAGAUGCUGCGUAGAUGGGAAAAUGUAUAUUUUCAAACAAACGACUGUGCUUAUUACCAGAGUAUUUGCACAUUUAUAGUACCAAGAGUUUAUGAAGUUCAGGGUGGUGUGGAAUUGGUUCUAACUCUGAAAAAUCACCUGGUGUAGGAAAAGGCUGUGGUGAGCUCAUCUCUGGAACAUCACAAGUAUUGAAAAUACAGUGACGUAUGUUUUCUUUCUAGACCAUGUUUGUCAUUUCUUUUGAAAUCACUUUUUAAAAAUAUGAUUCAUUAGAUUAUAGUUAUUGUUUCCCAAACUUUGAUCACUUGAGUACUACAUAUGCUAUUAAUGUAAUAUUUAUCUCUUAAAUUUUAAAGUAGUUUUAAAAGCAAUGAAUCAUACCCCACAUGGAAAACUAGUAUCAGUUUGCCAUGUCUAGAAGGUAACCACAAAAUAAAUAAAAUUAACACAAAAAGUUAUUCCGUUCCAGCUAGAUACUAAUGCCUUCCAAGACUCUGAAUCAAGACCUUUUUUUUCUUUUUCUUUUCUUUUUUUGGUGGCAGAGAGAGAGAGAGAGAGAGAGAGAGAGAGAGAGAGAGAGAGAGAGAUUACCCAGCAGCAAAAUUAGGUUCUCUCUGGAAUAAUCAGAGAAUAAAAGAAAAUUUUAAAGGGAAUGACAUUCUCACUGUGAUUCAGCUUUAUUUAAUUCUGCAUUGUGCACCACAUAAAACCUUCUUGUGUGGUCCUGCACUAUGGAAAUAUUGGACAGUACUUCUCAUAAUUGGAAUCAGCAUCAGUACUUUCCUAGCAAUCUUGCUAUUUUAUUGUUUUGGGGUGAGGGGUGAACAGCUGGUAUCUGGGAGAACUUACAUACUUUCUGGAUAUCAUUAGUUAUUCAAGCCAUUAUGAAUUAAUAUAGGAAGCCCAUAUUGUUUUAUUAGCAAAAAUCUACAACUCUUGUUUUAUUCGACAUCUUCAUGAAUCAUAAUUUUUUUUAAAGAAAAAAUUUCAAACAAGGAAUUUAUAGGGUACUGAAAUUUCAUAUCAUUCCCUAAAACAGUGGACCCCAGUGUAAUUUGUGUUACUGGGCAUAUUUAUUAGGUAGAAGAAAUAUUCUAGAGGGCAAAGUCAUUGGAUGCUUUGUUUGCUUGAACGAGUGUAUGUGGAUUUUACUAGAACUGUAAGAUCUUUGCCCCCUCCUUUAAGGAGAAUUAGAUAAAAGGAUGACAAUAAACUUCUGGUGUCAGGGAUUUAUUUAAAACAAGAAACUCCAAUUCACUCCAGUUUGCUGCCUCUAACGAGUCUGCACAGAAAUUAGGUAUAUUCUGAGAGAUGCCCCAAGGCAUCACACGAUCCUAAAUCAUCAAAACAACAUUGAAUUAUGUUUGGCUUGUUGUACUUACUGAGCCAAGAAAGUAAAGUGGUUCAAUUUAGAAAGGAUUUCCAAACUAAUGGUUAAAACAAAGAGUUUUCUUGUAAAUGGUCAAUUAAGCAGGAAGUUGGAAUGCCCUGGUUAAUUGUGAUUCUGCUAUGUAUUGGUAUUUUGUAGCUGUCUUUGGUUCAGGAGCUACCUCCUUACUAUGGAAUUGAUAAGUUAUGUAAUGUUUGGUAUUUGGAUCUUUCAGCAAGGACACUCACCAGCUAUUUUUAAAGGUUUAAUUUGUUUGUUUUUGUUUUUCACCAGCUAUUUUGGAUAAGAGGAUGUUUUUAUCUUAAUGUAAAAAAAUUGAAACAGGUAUAAAUAAUGUUUUAUGUAUACAAAUGCUUUCUUUCAUUAUUUGGUGCCUGCAUCUCCGAGUGAUUACGGAGCUUCCCUGCCUGUAUCAUGCUGCUACCAAGGAAAUGAUUUGGAAACUAUGAGUUUGGAAGGAAAUAUUUUGGCCAUGGGUUUAAAGAAGUUCUUAGGCUCAUGAGAAAGAAUCCCUUCAGCCUCUAAGGUGUGUGAAAUCAAUAACUCACAUUUAUAUUGUACUUUGACUUCUAAAAGCAAGUCGGACUUUACUUCAUCAGGGUGAGUUUUGUAGUGCAGGGAAAGUAGUAGCUGCCCUCACACUGAGCUGGAGGAGCCCAGGAGGAGCAGAUGAGUAGAUCCUACUGACUUACCAUGUCACAUAGCUAAGCACCCAGUCAGUCUCCUAGUGUAGGGCUCUUUCCAUUAGUGUGAGACUAAUGAAAGUGACCAGGAUUGUAUUUACGGAAUAUGUUGGUUCUUGAUAAAAUUAAGGAAUUGAAGGCUUUUUUUUUUUUAGGGGAUUGAACUCAGGAGCACUUGACCACUGAGCCACAUCCCCAGCCCAGUUUUGUAUUUUAUUUAGAGAAAGGAUCUCACUGAGUUGCUUAGUGCUCAGCAACUCACUUUCACUGAGGCUGACUUUGAACUCAUGAUCCUCCUGCCUCAAUCUCCCAAGCCUUUGGGAUUACAGGCAUGCCACCAUGCCCAGCAAUUGAAGGCUUUUGAAAUCAGUGCAUUCAGGCAUUUUAUUUUAAUUUUGAUGAUUCUGAAAUACUGCUUUUUGAUUGUGCCAUGAGAGCAAAGAUACCCUCUUUUAUAUGCUAAAUUAAUUGCAUUAUUUGCCUGCUUUUCUGAUCUGUAUUAAAAUGUGGUUAUACUGGGCCUAAUUGCCAAAAUAAUUUGAACACAACAUAAGAAGAAAAGACAUAAAAAAUGAUGUUAAUAAAAUAUGAACUGAAAGGGGAGAAGAACAAGAUCAACAAAAAUGGAAAUAAGGGUAAAAAUAUUGCCAUUACAGUGUGUAAAAUGUGACUCUGGAACUUCCUGAAAGUUAAGGCUAGAAGAAUGGAAAUAAGGUAUGCCUCACUCUGUCAGCACAUCAAAAUCAUAUCAGUUCAUCAGGUGGGACUCUGUCCUGCUGAAUUCUGGUAAAAGAGUUCUCACUUGGGGGUCCUAAGAAGUGCUAAAAUGAACAAAAUUCUUGAUUAUCUGGUGUUUGCUUGUUAUGAUUGUGCCUUGGAUCCUCAACUUGUACCUGUUUUCAAAAGCUUCCAUUUCAUGGUGUGUAUAUGUAUUUAAAAGAGGAUUUCGUUCCCGUAAGUAAGAAUUCUUGCCCUACACUAGAAACAAAUAUCUGUUAAAGCUUGGAAAUACAUUUGAGACAAAUGCCUUGAAUCAUGGAGAAACUAUCCAGUUUCAUAGUUUAAUAAUUUAUAUCAAAUGAAUGUGCUAUUCUUGGAUUAACACAUUUAUUUUGCAAUAAAUGUGGGUUUUUCACAGUGGAAUCUAGUCUGGAAAAGUGCAUGGCUCCUUUUCUCUUAGGCCAUGUCUGGAAUCCCUUUAGGCUGCUGCUUUAUCAAGAUCCACAGGGACCAGAGCUUUGUUUGCC